GACUCGGGGUCAAUUUUAAUGCUCGUCCAUGAUUCUCCAAAAUUUUUAGGUUUACUGAAUGCCCUGUACUUAGCAUGGCAUUAAUAAUAAUAAAGAAGAUAAUGGAAAUGAAUUAAAAUCUACAAAGAGAGAUUGUUGAUGAAGGUCGUAGCAGAUGUAAACAAACUCCAGCUGAUUACUUGACACGACAGCGACCUAAGGGCAAUAGUGUGGGCGGCUCAACUACCUUAUUGUAUUGUUUCCUUCACUUCCAAGCCUCCAAAACUUUGUCUACACUGAAAAUAUAUCACGUGUUAGUGGGCCAAAUUAACUGAAUUCUGUGGUGGUUUUUAUGAUAAGAUGAUUGUAUAUGCAUGUUUAGCACGGUUAGCGGAUGGCACUCCACUCUCUGCAACCACGGACUUUGCUAGUGAUGCCGACCCAUGUAUGCAGGAGGGAAAGAGAUGUGUCAAAUUAUUAAGGAAACAGCUGUCCAAGUUUGGCAAGCGUGUUUGUCUCCAGGCUGAGGAAAUAACUGUACAUUAUGUAACAGAUGACUGUACUGCUUAUGUGGUUGUGUGUGAGCCAAACUACCCACAUAUCCUUGCCUUCAGCUUCCUCGAUGAAUUGAUGAAGGAGUUUAAUAUUCUCUACACUGCCUCCGUUGUCAAGUCAGUCAGAAGACCUUAUGCUUUUAUUGAAUUUGACACCUUCCUUCAGAAGACAAGGCAGAAGUACAACAGCACCCGAGCUCUUGCCUCCAGAUUAAACUUAGCAGAAAUGACCACAGACCUCAACCUCCACCCUCCGUCCUACAUUAAGAUGCACCAGUUAGAGCCGCCUCCAUCUCCGUCUGUAACAUCGAGGCCAUCAAAUGUCAGUACUGCAUCUCACUCCCCAAAAACUCUUGGUUUAUCAAAUGGUACUGUAGCAAAUGGUGUCAUCAUCAACAAGGAUGUUUCAACAGUGGGUGUUACUUUAAGACUGAGACCUAUCUCUUGGUAUGGUUGGUUGGCCGUCGUCCUGGCUGCCCCGUGUGUGUUCCUUGAUAUAUACAGAGGAGCGGUUGCCAUCAGCAUGUCCAGUCUAGAGGAACUUGAUGGCUCCUCACCCUGGCAUGGCAUAUUCUUCCUGACAGAGAUGGUAUUUCAGAUCAUGCAGGUCCACAUGUUACGGAAAUACAAUAAGUUCCGAAAACUUGGGACACUGGGAUGUGCAAUACUCGUGUUAAUUCUAAAUGGGUUCCUUUUUGACGUUAGAGAUAUGUGGAUAUGUUUGGUUUAUAUUUUUGUUUCUUUAUCUCUCAUGGUCGCUACUUUUCGUAGGCCUUUUGAAAGAAAGUUACCCAGAUUUCACGUGUGAGUUGUGUUUCUAGUCUUAUAAAAGUGUUUAGCCGGCCCAGAUUUCUUGUGCUAAUUGUGUUCCAUCAUUCACACAAGAAAUAAUGAUAUUUCUCAAUGGAGGAUAUACUUAGGACUGUUAUUUUUUUAUGUGGGAUAUUAGGUAGAUGUCUCUCAUAGGGUAAGUAAUAUGUACAGUACAGUAGUAAUAUUUUUAUCAACCUAGACUUUCAUUCCCUAAAACCUAUUUUUAGGAGUUAUAUUCAAAUCCCUGAUGUGCAAAAUUACCCGGUCAAUUGAGCUAACCAGUUAAGAACAGAUUAAAUUUAGCUUGUUGGGUGGGAAUAUAUUUCUGAAUACAGUUUGGAGAUUUAAAAUUGUUGUACAGUACUUGUGAAGUCUGGAACAAAUAACUAAAUAUAUACAGUAUGUGUUUUAGAUCACGUGCUGGCUGAAUUUGACGAUGUUCAUUAAAGUUUUUGUAAUGUAUGAAGACACGAUUAUUUAUAUUGGUCAUAAAUACAAAACAAGAAGAUGUAUAUCCCAAGGAGAUACACAACAUUCCUAAUUUAAAUGUUACUGUUUAUAUAAUUUUUCUUUGCCCUCUAAAGCCAGUCCCUUCUAUAAUACAGUACGGUCCCAGUUAUUUAUCUUUACUGCUGUUAUGUUCUCUUGUCCACACUACAGUACCUGGCAUCACAAGUCAGUUGCACAUAAACCUCCAAAAACUAUUCAUGCUCUCUGGUCAUUCAAACAUAUUACUUUCUGAAUAUCCACCUCCCUUCACUCCUAGUGCAUCUAACACCCCAUUAUAUCAUCUUGCUCUGCCUCUAUCCCUCCUACCAGCCAUCUUUUGAAUUAUAUACCUUUUACUAAUCUUUCCCUUUAUGUGGUCUCUGUCUUUAGUACCUCAGGAGAUCUUGAUACAUGCUCUGGCCAACACUUCUUUCACUUUUGCAUCUCUUUGUUUCUGUACUUGUAUUCUGUGCAAGCAGUCUACGCCUUGUAAUAUUUGUACUUGUAAGUACAUCAUUUCUUUUGCUUCUGAUUUGCUCCUUUUUCUUACAUCAAGAGUCUACUAAGCUUUAUGCCUUUAUAUUCAUGUCAACUCAACAAUUCCCUUGUACAUGCCCAGCUUUGCUUCCUUUGACACAGAUUCACUCUCCAUACAUUCCCCAAUCCACCAAUUAUUUCUUUCCACUCUUAGAUACUGCAUUCAAAACACUUAAUUUCUUUCAUUCUGUGUCCGUUCGAGCUAUCAGUUAUUUUUCUCUCGUCUCCCCUCUAUAGUUUUCAUCACUUUUUCUUUCUUCAUAUUAUUCAACUUUCUCCCAAUGCUCACUCUUUUAAACUCAUUCAUUAAGAUUUUAAACUUUUCUAUUAUUAUAUCACCCACAAUACUAAACGAUGGUGACACUGGUGAUAUUCCACAACUUUAACGUAUACUGUAGUUCUAUAUUCAUUGGGAAUCGGUUUCUUUCUCUCACUGACACUCGUACACAUGCUUCUCCCCCCCUGUAAACUUUGGAACAGCAUUCAACAGUUUCUCAUUUACUUUAGAUGUGUUCAAUAUUUCCCACAUUCGGUUAAGCUGUUCUAUCAGAUGUAUUAAUAUAGUAAAUCCAUAGUUGUCACAAAUAAAUUUUUCCCUUUUUCCAGAAACUUUUUUUUACUCAUUUUCUUUAUCAAAAAACUUUAAUCCGAACAUGCACUUCAUUUUUUCUCAACCCACAUUCUUAUUUCCCUAAUGUUCUUUAUUUUUUUUUUAUAAUUCUAAUAAUAACAAAGAGUUACACAGGUAAACUCAAUGGCCUUGUUCCUCACAGUACUUUACAUUCAUCUUUUUCAUCUUUUUCUUAAUAGGUACAGGCAAACAAUACUGUACUUGCUUUCUGGCAUCACUUUGGUAGCAGACGGUGUAUGAAGUAUUUGUUUGAGAGAGGAUUUGUUAUGGUUACAAUGGUAGGUUGGCUUGGACUUGAUACCGUUAUAUCUACAAGUGUGAUUUUUUUCCCACAACUUCAAGACAGUUUUUUGGCCACUCAGAGAAAUAGUUUAUCCCUGCACAGUCUGAUCAUAAUUUAGCUCAACAUAACCACAAUACCCGUUAAAUUUUUGUGUAUAUGUGAAAGACCAUAUCUCUCUUACCCGUAUAUAAAAAAGUGAAAGUCGGUUCCAUAGGCCUGAUACCCAUUAGGGACAUGUGAAUACAGCACAAAGUAGACUAAGCCUUCAGUAUACACUGUACCCUCGUUAAUUCGGAUUUCGGCUGAAUUUGUAUGUUUUUUCCCCAAAAAAUUAAUUAAACAGUUUGAAUUUGGAAUGAAUCUGAAAUAACCGAGCGAUUCCGAAAAGUCGAUUAUUAUUAUAGGAAUAGAUUUUGAAAUACUGUAGAUUAAGGCGAAUAAAUUUUAGGAAUAGAAAAUAAAUUAUAUUAAUACUUGGGAUCACAGAUGCAUAAGUGGCAUUUUGAUUUAAUGUUAACAAAACUUUUGCCUCGCGAUCAGACAUGCCAGUAUGGCGUUCUUUUCAUUUUCUGUAAAAGUUUUGGCCAAAUUACUUAAAAUUUUAACACCACUCUCCUGUGCGGAACCAAGUCAUAAGGCUAGGUGGCAACCCAUCUAGGUCCAGUAGGCUAGGCGUUAUUGUGCCACAGUCACCAGUGUGCAUCUGGCUUCCUAAACGGUGGGUACCAGGCGUGAUUUAAAAAUGGCCACCGUGAUCUUAUUUCCGCUAUCUCAAUACAGGUAUAUAUUUAUCACUUACAACCAGGAUAUUUAUUUUUAUGAAGUGAUAAAGUGAUGCGUAGUGAAAUAUUUAUAAUGAAAUACCCGUAGUGAAAUAUAUUUUAAUAUACGAGACGGUGAAAUGACUACUCACAAUACUGUACAGUCGCAAAUACCAGACAAAAGCAAGUUGUAAUAUAUAGGCCUAGUUUAGAAAAAUAAGUGAUAAUAAAAUGUAGUGCAAUAGAGGCAUGCAUAUGGUGAAUUAUAAUGAAUACUGUGCUUAUUUGAUACGUAUUCAUAAAUCCAUUGUCGUCCACAUCCUAAGGCCUACCUCGUUUGAGGAGUAAGUGGAAAUUUUAUUGCCAAAAAUUUAGUUUUUGUCACAGAAGCUUCUAACUGGUCUAUUUCUCUUCCUUAGUAUGUGUACAGUAAUUAUGUCAUAAAAACUACUUUCAAAAGAUUUCAACAAAAUAUUAGAAAGGAAAAAAUAUGUGUAUAAUCAUUUCAGUGACUGCACACGUAACCACCACCUAUUUUUACCUUUAUCCUGUAACUCCAUUACAUUUACCAUUGUUUUUUUUUCUAAUUUUAUCAUUGUCUUCCUCAUGAUUAAAUCUUUCUUGCCAUGUACAUUUUAUAUUGACUGUUUCAUGAAGAGGAAUCGACAGUAAAUUCUCACUUUUUGCUUAUACAGUCGGCCCUUAACAUACGCGGGGGUUAGUUAACGGAGAUACCUGUGAAUGUUAAGAAUCCGCGUAUUUUUGGUGCCCCCCCCCCAUAAAAACACCCCUGGCCCCCCGUGUCCUUAUUUACCGGUAAGUAAAGAAAAACACUAUGUACAUGUUUACAAACACUUUAUUUAAUAUUAAAAUGCAAAAAGAGCUAUAAAAACAAUUAAUAAUGUACUGGCUGGCAUCUCCACUCAUCCCUGCUCCAGCCUCCAGAGCGUCACCACUCGUCCCCGCUCUAUCCUUCCGCCUCCAUAUCGUCACCGUAACUUAUUCAGCAACUCCACCUUCUCCUGCAGAGUCAUCACUUUCUUCUGACACUUAGGGUUGGCUCCAGCUGAUGUCUUUGAUGAUCUUUUAGGGACCAUGGUAAAUGUGGGUAGCAACUACAAUGCUGAUGUCAACACAAGCGUGGUUACAGCGAGACUGAAUGACUGAGGGAACGCAGGGUGGCGUGGCGGGCGAUAUGUGUGUGUGUGGUGUGGAAGGCGGUGUGCAGUAUGUGGUGUCGCGCGCGAUUUUAAUCUAUAUUCCUCCGGCGGCAAUCCACUUAUUUGCAAACCCGUGUAUGUUAAACCCGCGUAUGUUAAGGGCCUACUGUAUUUGUCAGAAUAACUUUUUUUUUUCUUUUUUUCUUUUUUUCUUUUUUUCUUUUUUUUUGUGUGUGUGUGAUUUCCCAGCCCUUUUCUUACAUAGGAAGGCAUCAUUUGAAUACAUGUUUGACAAUUAGCCAUGAAUAGCGCCCGGGAAAAAAUAUCUUCGCGAUUUCUGGUCAUUCUGUGGGCUCAAAAGUGGUCCUGUGACAGGCUCGUUAAAUAAAUUUCAGGCAAUCCCAACUGUUACGAUACAGUACAAUACUGUAUAAAACUGGUGUGUAGCAGAGGAGGGAGGACAACUCACCAACUCCCACUCAGCAGCCCACGAUCCUUUUAUAAUGACAAUAUGCAAUUUCACCAUAAUUCCCAUAUUAUUUCGGUUCAUUUGAUAGUGGGUUAAUAAAACAUUAUUGAAAAAUAAAUAACUUCCCC